CCUUGAAAAUCAUAGCCUUCUAAUAAGUACUUAGACGGCCGUGAUUAAAUAAAUAGUAAAUUGUAUAAAUAAAGUCAAGUAUUCUUGUCUCUGGUCAAGUGUCAAGAUUGAUUUACUCACUUACAGAAAAUUGAAAGAUAAGAUAAAUAAUUCUAUCUUGCUUCUUAUUUUGAUUUAGGUUGUUAUAAAACAAUUUCGAAGAAGUCAAAAAUGGCAGAAAAAAUCGCUGUGGUGACUGGUAGCAAUAAAGGAAUUGGAUAUGCCAUUGUCAAAGGCCUAUGCGAAAGAUUUCAAGGAAAAGUUUACUUGACUGCUAGAGAUGUUACCCGAGGUAACGAAGCAGUACAAAAAUUGAAUGAUCUAGGAUUUCAACCCUUAUUUCACCAACUGGACAUCAAUGACCAAACUAGUAUCGAUAAAUUCAAGGAACAUAUCACAAAAGAACAUGGAGGUAUUGAUAUUUUGGUGAAUAAUGCUGCGAUCGCUUUCAAGCAAGAUGCUAAAGAACCUUUUGGUCAACAAGCAGAAGAAACAAUUGCUGUUAAUUAUUUCAGUUUAUUAAGGGUUUGCAAUUCACUGAUUCCAAUAUUGAAGCAGAACGGCAGAGUUGUUAAUGUUUCUAGCAGUGCUGGUCACUUGUCCCGUAUUCCAUCAGAAGAUUUGAGGCAGAAAUUGGGUGAUAAAUCUCUGCCUAUUGAUCUCUUGAGUGCUUUAAUGAAAAAAUUCGUGAGUGAUGCCAAAGCCGGAAAACAUAUAGAACGAGGUUGGGGAAAUUCAGCCUAUGUUGUUUCAAAAGUUGGCUGCAGUGCUUUAUCUUUUAUUCAACAAAGAAUGUUGGACAAUGAAAAACCUUGCAGAAACAUUUCUGUCAAUGCUGUACAUCCAGGAUAUGUUGAUACGGAUAUGACAAGUCAUAAAGGUCAUCUUACAAUAGAAGAAGGAGCAUCUGCACCCUUGCAUUUAGCCUUAGAUGAUCAUGGAUUGAAAGAAAAAUAUGUUUGGCAUGAUAAGACGGUGAUUGAUUGGUAUGGGGAAACACCUGCUAUCUAUUGAAUCACACUAAUCUAUUAUAUCUGUGAAUUUUCCAUUGUUUAUAAUCAAUAAAUAAAAUUUAUAUUGAAAAUA